AUAAAUACUCUCUUAAGGCGUGUGUCUUCCACAAUUCCCCCUUUACUCUUCUUCUUCUUCUUCAAACUUCAUUGCUUUUCUCUUCAAAAAUGGACCCCAACAAGUUAACCCUAACCAAUUUGGAGCAACAAUCCCCCUCCGACGUCGAAACCAAGCAAUUCGACUACUCAAAACGCGCCCAAUGGCUACGUGCAGCCGUGCUCGGUGCCAACGACGGGCUCGUCUCCACCGCGUCUCUCAUGAUGGGAGUUGGAGCCGUGAAACAAGACAUCAAGGCCAUGAUCCUCACUGGCUUUGCCGGGUUGGUUGCCGGUGCGUGUAGUAUGGCGAUCGGUGAGUUCGUGUCGGUUUACUCACAAUUAGACAUUGAAGUAGCUCAAAUGAAGAGAGAAAAGUUGCAAAGAGGUAGCCAUCUAGAUGGGCAAACCCAAAGCCAAGAGAGCAAAGGUAAUGAAAAACUGCCUAACCCACUCCAAGCCGCUAUAGCCUCUGCCUUGGCUUUCUCUAUUGGAGCAAUGGUGCCAUUGUUGGCUGCUUCCUUUAUAAGAGAAUAUAAGGUAAGGCUUGGCGUGGUUGUUGCAGCGGUAACGUUGGCUCUCCUUGCGUUCGGGUCGUUGGGCGCUCUCCUUGGAAAAGCAUCACCGGUUAAGUCGUCCAUCCGAGUGUUGGUUGGAGGUUGGCUAGCCAUGGCUAUAACCUUCGGAUUAACUAAGCUAAUCGGAGUAAGUGGACUCUAGUCGUUCUAAUAUUAUUUAAAGGACCCGAACCGAACGUAUGGAGCUAAACUAUUAUUUUGUAUACAAAAAAAAAAAAAAAA